AUUUGUAAAUGUCGUCUUCAGGUUUGCAGAGACGUCGUGGUAACAAGACGGCCUCUUCCGGCGCAAAUUCCGGUUCCGGUGGCCGUACUUCGGAUUCCUACGAAGAUAAUAACCAUACCAAGAACAGCAAUGAAGCUGUUUCUGACCACAAAAUCGGGUACGAUUCCCGAGACAUUGAGAGUAGAGAAUCGUUGAAAUUGCCACUUUUGACGCUUAUGGAGGAAGUCUUGUUGAUCGGAUUGAAGGACAAAGAGGGUUAUCUUUCUUUUUGGAAUGACAACAUUUCCUACGCUUUGAGAGGAUGUAUUUUGCUUGAAUUAGCCUUCCGCUACAAGAUUACUUUGGUCAACGAUCCCGCAAGACGUCGUUUCGAGUUGAGCGAUCGUCUUAUCGAGGUCAUUGACUCCGAGCCAACUGGCGAAGUGUUGUUGGAUGAAGCUCUCAAGAUCAUGAAGAACGAUGGCUCCAACUUGUCGGUGACAAACUGGAUCGAUUUGUUAAGUGGAGAGACAUGGAACUUGAUGAAAAUCAACUACCAGUUGAAACAAGUUAGAGAGCGUUUGGCUAAAGGAUUGGUAGACAAAGGAAUCUUAAGGACUGAGAGAAAGAACUUCUUCUUGUUCGACAUGGCUACCCAUCCUGUUGCCGACAAGUUGCUGAAGGAACAUAUCAAGAACAGACUCUUGAACGUAUUAGUCAACAGAAAUGUCGAUUUGGACACCGUAGCUAAUGACCAAUUUCCUCAGAACACGUCGUUCCGUUACUUGAGAACGAUUGCCUUGGUCUGUGGAGCGUACGCUGCCAAUGUGUUGGAGAAUGUGUUGUUGUCGUUGAACUACGACAAGCGCGACCAGGCCUUUGCCAGAGCCGAUGAGUUGCUCACAGACUUCCUGGAUUUCCCCUUCAACUUGUCGCAUCAGAGUCCUUUGGGUAUAGGCUUGAACUUGGGCCAGGAAAUUACCUCGGAAGUAGAAGCCAGCUCAAGUAGUGAGUUGCAGUUGGAGUUGAUCGCUGCCGUCUUGAGCGUGUUCGCUAGGAUGGACUCCAUCUUGUGAACCACGUCAUAUUCUGUAUUGUCAUCUUCUGACAUUAUAUAUAGUCCACAUCAUCUACACACUCUUCAAUUCAGCACCUUCUUUCGUCCUAUUUAGAUACUUAGUGCAAGACAUAUAUCUGG